CUGCUCCGCUGUGUUUGAGUUUUGAGAGUUGGAAUUUUGUGUGUGCGCGUACCGUCGUCGUCUUCGUCGCGGGUCGUGAGUUUUUCCAGCGGAGUUUUUUUUCCUUCUGGAGGAGACAGGAAAAUCGUUCGAGUUUUCCCGACGCGCAAUCCGAUAUUAGUUUGAGCACCGUGUGGCGUUGAUAUUAUCGUGUGUGAUUGCAAGUGCCAAAGGUUCUGGAUGUGAUAUUAGUGGGCCCUUCCCGCACUCGAAACUGGGCUUGGCCGCCGUGAUAUUUCGCAAAACAGCAGAUUCUCACUGUGUGACCCUCUUGGAAGUGUACUUGAGUCAGUGUGUGCGUCACCCCCAUUUUCCACUGCUUUUUUUUGCUGCUGCUGUAUUCAUUUCUUCGAUUGACGGAAGAACCAGAUUGCAAUCUCUCGCUGCAAAUACUCGACGGACCGUUGACGACGGAGUGAUGCCAGCCGGAUUGGCCACUUGAGCAAACAAGCGAAAGGGUUUGGCGUUUGGCCCCGUCAAAAAGCAUCAACCGAACCGGAGGGAAUUACAUUCUAACAAGGAGCGAGAGGACGGAAGUCCCCAUCCAGCAGGAAACACGGCGGAAAUUAUGUCUUCACUUUCGGCCAGCGCCGAGAAUCUAUCCAGCGAUCAGAACAACGAUGGCUCGUCGAUGUGUCUGGAGCUGGCGCUGGAGGGCGAGCGGCUGUGCAAAUCCGGCGAUUGCCGGGCCGGCGUCGCCUUCUUCCAGGCGGCCAUCCAGGCCGGAACGGACGACCUGCGGACGCUGAGUGCCAUAUACAGCCAGCUGGGCAACGCGUACUUUUACCUGGGCGACUACACCAAAGCGAUGCAGUACCACAAGCACGACCUGACGCUGGCCCGCUCGAUGAACGACAAGCUGGGCGAGGCCAAAUCGUCCGGCAACCUCGGAAACACCCUCAAAGUGAUGGGACGGUUCGACGAGGCGGCAAUCUUCUGCCAGCGCCACCUCGCCAUCGCACAAUCACUAGGCGAUCGACUGUCCGAGGGUCGUGCCCUGUACAACCUGGGAAAUGUGUACCACGCCAAGGGCAAGCAGCUCGGCCAGAAAGACCCGGGAGACUUUUCGGACGAGGUGAAAGAAUCGCUGAUGCAAGCCGUUGAUUACUACCAGCAAAAUCUGACCCUGAUGAAGGACCUCGGCGAUCGGGGCGCGCAGGGCAGGGCGUGCGGAAACCUGGGCAACACCUACUACCUGUUGGGCAACUUUGAAACUGCCAUCGAGCAUCACCAGGAGAGGCUGCGGAUUGCGCGCGAGUUUGGCGACAAGGCGGCGGAACGGAGGGCGAACAGCAAUCUCGGCAACUCGCACAUCUUCCUGGGACAGUUUGAGCAGGCCGCGAAUCAUUACAAACGCACCCUCUCCCUCGCCAUGGAACUCGGCGAACGCGCCGUCGAAGCCCAAGCGUGCUACAGUCUCGGCAACACGUACACCCUACUCCGCGACUUUCCCACAGCGAUCGACUACCACCAGCGCCAUCUGGCGAUCGCCCAAGAGCUGGGUGACCGCAUCGGAGAGGCCCGUGCCUGCUGGAGCCUCGGCAACGCCCACUCCUCCAUCGGCAAUCACGAAAAGGCCCUGCACUACGCCAACUCGCACUACCUGCUGGCGAAGGAGCUGGUCGAUGUGGUGGGUGAGAAUACGGCCAAGAUGAACAUAUCGGACCUGCGGAAGAUUUUGGGAUUGCCGGAGGUGCUGCCGGUGGCGGCGGCGGCGGAUGCUGGUGGUACUAACAAUCAGACGGAGGGCGAUACGCUGCAGGAGUUGCAGAGUGUGCAGGGAGGGGGUAAGAUUGCUAGCGGGGGCGGGUUGUCCAAGCAGUAUCGGGUGCGGCGGCAGAGCAUGGAGCAGUUGGAUCUGAUCAAGUUGACGCCGGAUGGCAAAAAGAUGGUAAACACCCAGGACAAGCACCAGCACCCACUUCCACCGUCCAGCUUGGCCGCGCAGCAGCAGCAAAAGACGUCCGCUUCCGGUGGCGCCGCACAGAACGAGAACAUUUUCAAAAACAACGACGAGGACUUUUUCGAGCUGCUGACGCGAUCGCAGAGCAAACGGAUGGACGACCAACGGUGCACGCUGAAGGUAAAGCUAACGCACGCCGAAAGUGUGGACUCGGCUAGGAAACCGUUGACGCAGCACAACAGCAAUGCUGGUGCAGCCGCCGCCACUACGACCGUGGCGAAGGAGAAUCGCAACGCCCUCCUGGAGAUGAUCGCCGACUUCCAGUCGGAGCGCAUGGACGAACAGCGCGCCCUUCUCCCUGGGUUGAAGCGAAUAUCGCUCACCAACAACUCGUCGGCCCGCCCGAACGUUGAAACUGACGCCGACGGAGUCGCCAUCCCAGCCGCGCCGGAUCAACCAGCCCAAGAUGGUGGCGUCGUCGUCGGAACUCCCCCGGACGAUGCCUUCCUGGACAUGCUGAUGCGGUGCCAAGGAUCUCGUAUCGAGGAGCAGCGCUCGGAACUGCCGACGCCGAACAUCACGAUGGAUGCGGAGGCCGGUGGAGAGCGACGGGUGGCUGGAAACUCCAACAGUGGAGCCACCGUCCCGGAUGAGGAUUUCUUCUCGCUGAUUAUGCGCUUGCAGGGUGGCCGCAUGGAGGAUCAACGUGCUACGGUACCUUUGAACAACAGCAGCAGUAACAACAAUAACAAUCGAAGCAACAUCAACAAUAACAACGUGAACAGUAGCGUCAGCAGCAGCACAAACGGAACCGCCAACAAUCAUCCCAACGGAAAUGGAAAUAAUCAAAAUCAGAAUGCCAGCGGAAAUGGGGGCAAAGGACUCAAAUGAUUUUACUCGUUGGAUCGAUAAGGAAAUUCGACCUUUUGGACGGGUUUCUUUCUCGAUUUGCGCAGUUUUUGACAAAUUUAGGUGUGUACUCGUCGAUAUCGAACGAUAAUAGUAAUCGAUCCGGGCCAUAUUUUCUUUUUCCUUGAAUUGUGUGCGUGCGUGUUUGGUGUACUUUCUCUGUACGUGUGAGCGUUUGUUUUGAUAAAACGUAGGGAUAUAUUUCUAAUGUAUUUUGCUUUUUUGAAGCUAAACCCAGCCCCGCCACCUGUCCCUAUGAAUCGCGACGUAUUUGUGAAUAAUUCCACUAGUUUUGUAGUAAUUUUGCAUGCAAUUCGGAACAAGCAAACAUCAUAUAUUGUACAUAAAGUCUAGUUUUUACACAACUAAUCCAAUGUCUUAUAUUUUUCUAUCAGAUUUAUUUUAUUAUAUACUACCAGAGAAGACUAACACGUUCACAACCCUGAUUAGAGAGCUCCAUUUGUAUCCAUUUUUCGUCGAAUCGUGAGCAAACUGCAAGCAGAAAGCAUCUUCCGCCGAGGAAGGUUACGUCAAAACUAUAUUAGAAAGACCAAAAUUACCCUUACCGAAAAGUGUGCUUGACUUUUCAACCUACAUUUAAUGGACAAACAAAUCUAUAAUACUGCAGCAACAAACAAAAAAACAAAUAAAAUCUCUAGAUCUAAGCUUAGGUGAACCGAAAAGGAAAA